CACUGCUCGCUGCUGCGUCCGUCAUCUGAUGCAUGCCGUGAUCCAUCAACCAAUGCUAACCCAUCCAUCAACAUUCCUCGUUAUUCGACUCUCUCGCUCAAUCAACACUAGGGCUGAUGCAUGAUAUGUCUGGACUAACAUUUUUGCUUCGCUCGUUUUCUUCUGCAGGCCCCAUGAUUGUCACCUGAGCACGUCUAAUGACCUCUGCUGAUGCUGCAGCCCAUUACCCGGAUCUCCUGCCAACUCGACGAGGUGACUCACGUCAGACUGGCUCAAUCGCUCCUCAGAAGCACACAUCCGUCGCGUUUUGGUCUCGUAGCGUGUCGGGCGGGCUUCUCCUCCUUCGCUAUAGCCAGAUCAGCAGGCGACUCCCCUUCCGGCGUAUCCAGCCAAAAGCAAAGGACGAUCCUGCCUGCAUACGCGCCGGUCGGAGUCGCCGCAGCACGGGCGGCUUCUCCAUCCUCUCCUGCGACGCCCACGCUAUUCGAAAAGGAGUUCUCUCUCUCCGACCGCGUCGCCCUCGUUUCAGGCGCGAACCGCGGUCUUGGUCUCGAGAUGUCCAUGGCCCUCGUCGAGGCCGGGGCGCGUGUCGUCUACUGCCUCGACCUGCCUCAGACGCCCGGCGAUGAGUUCGACCAGGUGAAGCGGUACGUCGGUAGGAUGGAGGGUAAGGGGAGACUCGAGUACGUCAGCGCCGACGUGCGCGACCAGGAGGCUCUGUGGAAGAUUGGCGAGUCUAUUGGUGAGAAGGAGGGCCGUAUGGAUGUAUGCAUCGCUGCGGCGGGUAUCAUCAAGCCUGACCACGACUGCCUCGACUACCCAGCUCAGACGUUCCAGGACGUCAUGGACGUCAACGUCAACGGCGUACUCUACACCGCGCAGGCGGCCGGGCGGCAGAUGGCCCGCUUUGGGAACGGCGGUAGCAUCAUCCUCAUUGCCAGCAUGAGCGGGAGCAUCACCAACAUCCACCAGAACUGGGUGUCCUACAACACCUCCAAAUCCGCCGUUCUCCAAAUGGGCCGCAGCAUGGCUUGCGAGCUCGCCCCGAAACACAUCAGAGUGAACACCCUCAGCCCGGGCUACAUCUACACCACUCUCACCGCGGGAUUCCUCGACUCCCAGCCAGGUUUGAAGGAAAAAUGGUCCAGCCAGAACCCGCAAGGACGCCUGGGACGGCCCGACGAGCUCAGGGGUGUCGUUACCUGGUUAGCGAGCGAUGCCAGUACCUAUUGCACCGGCAGCGACAUCAUCGUCGAUGGCGGUCACCGCGCCUGGUAGCGAUAGUUUCGUUGUGCAGGCUUUGUGUGCGGCCAGCAUAUCCACAGAAACAUCGUAGCGUACGUAUCAUUAUGGCAUGUGCUCGAGCCUUCGUCGCAUGUCACCGAGCGCCAAAAGUCGCAUCACUUGCAUUUGCAUGAUUAUCUCCUCUUGUCCCACAAUCGCCCAUGUCAAUGAUACUUAUUGCUCGUGUAGAUUCCGACCAGUUGCCAUAGGCAGCAUGCGCAU